AUGCAGCCGCCCACGCGCGAUUUCAAGCACACGGUGGCAUCACGGAUACAAGGACCGUCUGGCCAGCAAUCGUCGCGAGAAAUCGCUGGACGCAUAGCACCACGCCAGAUACUCCCCAGGCCUCAAGGGUCUUCCAGCCCUUCUACUUCCCGGGCCAUUUCCAGCGACACGUCUAAUCGUCGGUACCGCACCAACGUUACCGUCGCUUGUGACCAAUGCAAAGUUAAGAGGGUCAAGUGUAGUGGAAAGAACCCCUGUUCGCGGUGUUCGAUAAAGUCGCUUCAUUGUAGCUACGACCAGGGCAUCGAUGGCCGCAGAGGUCGCACCUCGUCGAGCGAAGUCCAAGCCUUGUCCGAGAGGGCUGAGCAAUACCAGCGCGUUUUUGACCUACUUCGAACCAGCUCGCCCACUGUUGCCUGUAACAUCCUGCGCCAGAUACGAUCGCAAAAGGUCGAGGACGGGGACUGUGCAGGUGCAGAUGGCGCAAACGACAGCGGACUAGCAAACGUCUUGCGUUACGCUGAAACCCUGGCAUCGCCCUCUCCGAGUCCGAGUCCACGUCUCAAUGGCGACAUGCCUUCACCGUUGGCACAGGCUUGGAGGGAGGCCAUCGUCGCGUCGGCGUCGUCGUCGUCAGUGCCGUCCGACAACACCUCGACGGCGGCCGCAUCUGAGGGCGGUUCGCAACCACCCCCAAGUCUGGCAGCCCCACCAGCAUGGCCUGGGAACGCUGUGUUCGACCCUCAAUUUGCCACGAUAUCGGACGAAUUUAGUCUGUUCGGGUUUGAUCCCGUGCAGAUGGAGCGAACUCUGGCACCUGAUAAUGAGCACUAUCAAACGAACACAAACACAAACGCCAUGGACGGCGUAACCAACCCCGUAUCGAACACGUCAUUUGCGGCGCGGCCGGCGGCGGCGGCUUCAAGUACGUAUACCAAACCUGUGUCUGCUACUGCUGCUAUUGCUGCUCCUGCUGCUCCUCCUCCGCCAACCUGGCACCCCAACACCACGACCGAUUUCGAACAGGCUCACGCAUGGCUGAGGCAGGACAUUGACCAAAUCGAUCGCUACCUCGACUCGAAUUUUAGACGGAUGAAACAUGAUCAUAAUGUGUCACGAUAA